ACUUUUACGUCAGAUUUCCUAAAAAGUGUAUAGGUUAGUACUAAAGUGUUUUGGAGAGUUGCAUGCAUCUGUAGCAUAGUAAUAAUGAUCUUUUGUCACUUUCAUUAAGGUUCCUUACAAGGUAGGUACCUCUUCUUUCUUUACUCUCUCAUUUCUUGAUCAAUGUUCUUGAGUUUCAAAGGUUUUAGCAGCAAAAAUGGUGAAAAAGAAUAACAAAAGAAAGAAGGAAGAGAUUGCUGAAGGUUGUUGCUUUUCUUGCAAAGAUGGUGGUCAAAUGAGGGUCUGUGAUUCUAGGGAUUGCUUUAAAGCCUAUCACGCGGAAUGUGUGAAACAAGAUGCCUCCUUUUUGACGAAUGACAAUAGGUGGUGUUGUGGUUCCCAUUUUUGCUACCUUUGCGGUAGAGCAUCGAAGUUUAGGUGCUUCUGUUGCCCAAUAGCUGUUUGUGGAAAAUGCUUCUAUGAUGCUGAAUUUGCUACUGUCAAAACAACCAAAGGAUUUUGUAGGCACUGCUCAAAACUUGCAUUUCUAAUUGAGACAAAUGCUGACAUUGAUUCUGAUGGGGAGAAGAUAGAUAUGAGAGAUCCAGAUACAGUUGAAAGUUACUUUUUAGAAUAUUAUCAAGUUAUCAAAAAAAAGGAAGGGUGGAAUUCUCAGGAUGUUUAUAUUGCCCGUGACAUCAUUAAAAAUGGAAACAUCAAGCGUGACUUGGAACCGUAUGAAAGAGGUGAGGGGGAAGAUACCGGUGAAUCUGAUGCAAGUGACUUUAUAGGUUCUGAUUCUGACGACUUGGUUGGCACGUCAAGAGUUAAACCAGUAAAGAGAAAGAAGAAUAAGGUUAAAUCAAUAAAUGGGAAAGUAACAAAAGAUAAGAAAAAGGAUUUUGUUGGAUGGGGUUCAAGAAGUCUCAUAGAUUUUCUUAAAAAUAUUGGUGAAGACACGACCAAAGCUUUUUCCGAAAUUGAUGUUGCUUCGAUCAUCCAUAAGUACUGCCAAAAAAACCAGCUUUUUGACCCCAAGAAAAAGAAGAUGGUAAUCUGCGAUGCAAAUUUAAUAACUUUGUUGAGGCAGAGAACAAUUAAUAAGAACAACAUACAAAAGCUUCUUGCAUCGCAUUUUGCAGAUAAUUUUGAAGAAACUGAUAGUAAUAUCAGUAGUUCAGAAGAAAGGGAUGAUAAUGAGGCAUUCAAAUUUCGAAAGCACAGAAAUUUGAAUUCAACUAUAAAAUCUUGUCAGAAUGUACGUUCCAAAGAGCUGCCAAGUGGAUUUGCAGGAAUAAUUAGUUCAAACAUAAAACUUGUCUACUUGAAGAGGAGCUUAAUUGAGGAGCUUUUGAAGCAACCAGAUACCUUUGCUGGCAAAGUGUUGGGAAGUUAUGUUAGAACCAAAUCCGACCCAAAUGACUAUUUACAGAAGAAUUCUCAUCUGCUUUUAGAAGUAACAGGAAUAAGAAGAUCAUCAAACCAAGACGAAAUCAACCAAGAAAUUCUGCUCCGGCUUUCUAAUGUGCCCAAAGAUGUAUCUAUCAGCCAAAUUUCUGAUGUUGACUUUUCUGAGGAAGAAUGUCAAGAUCUGUAUCAGAGAAUGACAAAUGGUCAGCUCAAAAAGCCAACUCUGCUGGAGCUUGAGCAGAAAGCCAGAACUCUGCAUGAAGAUAUCACAAAGCAUUGGAUCUCAAGGGAGAUAGAAUUGUUACGAAAUCGUAUUGAUCGGGCCAAUGAAAAGGGAUGGAGGAGAGAACUUGCUCAGUACAUGGACCAAAAACAGAAGCUUGAGUCUGCAUCCGAACAAUCACGUUUAUUAAGUGAAAUUCCGAAAGUAAUUCCUGAACUGGUUGGUACCAAUCUGUCACCAGAAGAUUCCUCAAGAAAAGAUAAGUUUGAACAAAAUGAUUUGCAAGUUGUAGCCAUUGGAGAGACUUGUAACUCUGGAGGACAGUACUCCACACAUAAUGGUUUUGCUCUAUGUCUGGAUAAGAGAACAGAUGUUGUAGGUCCAAAAUCUCCGGUGAAAAAUAACCAAGAUGAUCCAGUCUUUCCUGCCACUGUUGAACAAUUAUCUGUCCUUGCUGCUUCUGAAGACAAAGAUGACGGAAAGCCUGCACUUCUUAAAGAAUCAAACUCUAAUUGUCAGACCUUAAACCCAAAAAAAUGUGGCUUGCCUCAACCAAGUACUACAUCUGCUUCUGAGGAUGUAGAUUGCAGAAAUCUGAGUAUUAACAUGGAUGCCAAUCAUACAGUAAAGGAAAGGCGAAGCGUUACUGUUUCAGAUCCCGUUAAGGCAAUCAUCAAUGAUGUUAUUGUUUUAAGUGACAGUGAUGAAGAGGAUGUGAAUAGUAAAGUCACUUCAUCUGGAAGAAAGGGAGCGGAGAGUAUUGAUAUUCCUAUUUGGUACUGUUCGGGUGUUCGUGGCUGUGGAACAAGAGGGCCUUUUCCAAUGACUGUACUCAAACACUGGAGUGAAUUGGAUUCCACAUAUGCUCCCUUAGACUUCAAGGUCUGGAAGACGGGCGAGAGUGAAAGAGAGGCAAUGCUUCUGAGGGAUGCACUUAAGCUCUUUUUUCCCUAAUGUCAAAGUAAAUCAAAAUGAAGGGAAAUCAUCUCUACUAAUACAUCACCAGUGUUGAUAAUCAGUAGUUAUAUAUAUAAUUUUGUUUUCACCAAAUGGCUGACUGUUUGAAAUGCUGCUAGUAAAAAAGUACUUUAUCCUUUGACACUUUGUGAGAUCGAAAAAUUUGCCCGUAUAAUCCUUAUUUCUCAUGUCAAUCUCUAA